AUGGCAAGCCGGUAUCAGCGCAUUGUCGCCUGGCUGAAGGUGACCAGCAACCAGAAGAAUCUCGCUCGCUUUGGAGGAGGGAUGUCCUUCUGCAUUCUGACCAUGAUGUCGAUGAAGCGCGUCACUCCGGGACACGUGGGUCUCAUCGAGGACUGGCAGGGCACCUUGCGACCGUACAUCUACGACGACAGUCAGCUCGUCUUGGCCAUUCCGUUUUGGCACCGACUGAUCAACAUGCGGCUGAUUCCAGUUAAGAAGCGGUACAUCAAGGAGUUCAAGACCAAGGAUGGGCGCGACGUGGAGGUUCGACUGGUAUGCCGAUUGCAGCCGAAGGUUCACUGGAUGCCGGAGAUCUACUACAAGUUCGGCAAGGACUACGGUCGUGGCUUCCUAGAGAAAGAGGCGAGCGUAGACAUUUCGGAGGUUGUCAAGACCCGGACGUUUGCCGAGCUAAUCUCCGGCACGGAGGAUGACGUGGACGCGAUCGCAGAGGAAAUCAACCAGCGAAUCAUUGAUGCCUGCCAGUUCCACAAAAUCAAGAUAGCGAAAGAUGAGACGUCCAUCGUUUUCCUGGAUCCGGACGAUGACGACGAGUAG